AUGGUCGACAACAACAACAUCGCUACUACUACAACAACAAGGACAUAUGAUGAUGAUGAUAAACGACAAACGUCAUCCGUACUUAGUAUCCAGAAUCUGCUUUCACCUAUAGAUGAAGGAGAAAAUCAAAUGACAACCACUACUACAAUACCAACAUUGAAAACAACAAGACGUUCACGUGCCAAAACCAAGCGUAAACGAGCAUCACCCUCACAGCUUGCUGUAUUAAACCAGGUGUUUAAUCAAACGUAUUUUCCUUCCACUGAGCUUCGUACCGAGCUAGGCAAGCAACUCGGCAUGAAUCCUCGUACCGUGCAAAUAUGGUUCCAAAACAAACGUCAAGCCCUUCGUGCACGUGAUCGUGCUUGUCGCCAACAACAUCUUACUACUGCUACUACACCCAUGUCCCCACCUUUAUCACCCAACCAUGCCAUCUCUUUGCCUCCAUUAAGGUUAACGCUGGCAUCAUCAUCACCGGUGGAUUGCUUUCCAUGCCACAGCCCUAUCUCCACUCUUCCCAGCCCAUCAUCAAUGGUUGACUUGAAUCCUUUGCACUACUAG